ACAACCUAGUGGAGAAGACAAGUGGAAAUGGAAUCAAUGGUGAAUAGAGAGAUUGGCCUUGGCAAAAAUGAUCACUUCUUCAUCUGACAUCUAAGUGAAGGAAGAGAUAGUGGAAGCUGUCCAAUUCAUUCAAGGAUAAGGGGGAAAAGGGGAGUUCUGAGCAAAUAAUCUCUCUCUCUCUCUCUCUCUCUCUCUCUCUCUCUCUCUCUGUAUAAGGUCCUCAGUUGAGGGUAGGAGGAAGGGUGCCAUAAAGGGAGAUACAUCUGAGUAGUCACAGUGUAGAGGGGAAUAGCAAAUUGAUCAGGGAGUGGAGAGUAUGUUCUUAUUCUUGUGAGAUGGGAGAUAUCCUUCUGACAGUCCCAAUAUUAAAAUAUUUAUUUAAAUGGGCCUAUUUUUAUUCAACAGUAAGAUCAAUAAAUGCAGUUAAGUUUUAUGCUAUCUCUAAGUAAUCAAUGAAUGAAUGAAGCCUCUCUCAAUGACUUCACAGUGUGAUCAUCCUUACAAAUGAGAUUUCCAAUAAAAUAAACUUUUCAAAUCUUAAUAUAGACACUUAAAGAAAUUACAACUUUUAGUAGCCAAGCGAUGUCCUUGAGAUCAUCCAGUUCAUAUAACAUCUCCUACAAACUAUUUCUAGACAAAUGAAACACUAUCCUAUUUUUAAAGACUUUCAGGAAAGACAUGUUGCUUAAACAACCACUUCUUUUAAGAAUUUCAUUAUACAUAAAGCACUGAAGCUACUCUGCAGGGUCUUUCUCUUCUAAUACGGCACUCAGUGAAGAUGAAAAACUCGAUAAAAAGAAAAACCUGAAAAAUGAAAAAAAAAUGCUUUGGCAUCAACUAUCAAGCUAAAGUCACUGGGACCCCAUUUCCUCUUUGAUGCAAAUUAAGGACCAAGAUAGAUGACAUUCAAGGUUGUUUUCCAGUUCUAAAUCUUAAAAUAAAAGGAGUCAAUUGUUAGUCUCUGUGAUCCUUAUCUGUUCUUAUAUAGGCCUUCUCUGGAUGGAUAAUAAAUAGGCUCUUAACUCUAGUACUAGAAAGACCUGAGCCCACCUGUUUUUUGCCCUCUUUCCCAUACUACUCUCUAUUUACUUUGUGUAUUUUAUAUGUUGCAGGGCUUCCCAAAAAUCGUAAUGCAAAUGCAACCCAAGCUUAAAGUUGACCAAAGAUUUUUUUAGAUGCUCUUUGUGUGUGUAUUUUAAAAUUCAUUUACACACAUACAUAUAUCGAGAAAAAGGGAAGAGGAGAGAGAGAAUACGCUCAGAGGUUGUUCCAGUCCCUUUAAUUUAUGUAUAACUCUAUUUGUCUCCACAAUUAGAACUUAAGGUCCUGGUUAAGUAGGAACCUGUCCUUGGCAAAGAGCAGAAGACCAAUAAAUUACUUGACUUGAGUCUAGCCGCCUAUUUUACAGAUGAGGAAACUGAGCCCCAGGAGGUGUUAAGUUCUCCCUCAAGGCCAUGCCAGCAUUCCGUGACCGAGACGGGUCGUACUCGGAUUCCGAACCAUGUUCUGGAACGUAGGGGUGUCCAAAGACGCGAUGGGGCUGGCAAGGGGCUAGUGCCGCAGGCAAAACCAGCUCGGCGGGACUCAAUGGUUCGCGGGGUACCGGGGUCCUCUCCCAGAGCAGAGGUGAUACAGAGGUUCAGUUCUUCUACCCCCUCAUACCCGCUAAUCCUUCAGUCCUUCACAGCCAGAGCCAGAGCCCGAGCCCGAGCCCAAGCCCGAGCCCGCGGCGGUGCUCACAGGCAGCCCGAGACCAUGACCGUGACCGCCCUAAAACGGGGUGGGGGAGGCUGGGCGGUCACGUGAAGCCGAAACUGUCGCACCAAUGGGAGACGGGCGCGGAAUGGAAGGGAUUGUAUGACCCCCGUGACGUCACAAAACCGGCGGGGAGAGAACGCGGCCCUUCCUCCUCCGCUCCCCUUAGGCCGGCCUCCCCACCUCCCUCCUCGCCUCUCCCCAUCCGACCCCUCCCUCGCUGCUAGCUCCCGGCUCCACGCCCGCCUUCCUUGUUCCCACCCACCCGGCCGCCCCACAGCCAAUAGGAAGGCGAGAAGGGGCUUAGGGGCCGCCCGGCAGGGUGCCAGAGCGGGGCCGGGGCCGGGGCGGGGGCUGGGGCCCGAGUACCCGGGACCUGCGCCUCGGGCUGCGGGGAGGAGAAGGUACCCCAGCCACAGCCGAAACCGGAGUCGCAGCCGCAGCCGCAGCCGCAGCCGGAGCCGGAGCCGGAGCUGCCUCUGCCGUCCUCCAGCUGCUGCUCCCCAGGGAAGACCAGCCUACUCCCCGGACGUGCCCGGAAUCCCUGUCAGAAGUUCCAGCCUGCCCCUGUACUCCGAUGCCAUGCCUGCACCGACUCAGCUGCUUUUCCCCCUGAUCCGUAACUGUGAGUUCAGCCGUAUCUGUGGCAGUGCGUGCUAUUGCCAUCACACGCACCUGUGCUGCUCCCCGCCUCCCUUCCCUCACAGCCGCCUGCGCUACCCUCCUCAGAAGGCAUUCUCGACUUUUUGCCGGCCUAAGGAUCCCUUCUGGCAGUAUACCCAUGCGAGGAGGUACACUGCCACGCCACAGAAAUUUUACCUCACGCCUCCACAAGUCAACAGCAUCCUGAAAGCCAAUGAGUACAGCUUUAAGGUCCCCGAGUUCGAUGGCAAGAACAUCAGCUCCAUCCUGGGAUUUGACAGCAAUCAGCUGCCCGCCAAUGCCCCCAUUGAGGACCGGAGGAGCGCGGCGACGUGCUUGCAGACGCGGGGGAUGCUCUUGGGGGUGUUUGAUGGCCACGCAGGGUGCGCCUGCUCACAGGCAGUCAGUGAGAGACUUUUCUACUACAUAGCUGUCUCUCUGUUGCCCCACGAGACUUUGUUAGAGAUAGAAAAUGCUGUGGAGAACGGCCGAACCCUUCUGCCCAUCCUGCAGUGGCACAAGCAUCCCAAUGACUACUUCAGCAAAGAGGCGUCCAAGCUUUAUUUCAACAGCUUGAGGACUUACUGGCAGGAACUCAUAGACCUAAACACUGGAGAAACCACUGACGUCAAGGAGGCUCUGAUUAAUGCCUUCAAGAGGCUUGACAAUGACAUCUCCCUGGAAGCCCAAGUUGGGGAUCCCAACUCUUUCCUCAACUACCUGGUGCUGCGUGUGGCCUUCUCGGGGGCCACCGCCUGUGUCGCCCAUGUGGAUGGGGUUGACCUCCACGUGGCCAACACUGGGGACAGCCGGGCCAUGCUGGGGGUACAGGAGGAGGACGGAUCUUGGUCAGCAGUCACACUCUCCAAUGACCACAACGCACAGAAUGAAAGCGAAGUGGAAAGACUGAAACUAGAGCACCCCAAGGCCGAGGCCAAAAGUGUCGUGAAGCAGGACCGGUUACUGGGUCUGCUGAUGCCCUUCCGGGCCUUUGGGGAUGUCAAGUUCAAGUGGAGCAUCGACCUCCAGAAGAGGGUGAUAGAAUCAGGCCCGGAUCAGUUAAAUAAUAACGAGUACACCAAGUUUAUCCCCCCCAAUUAUCACACCCCUCCAUAUCUCACUGCCGAGCCAGAAGUGACAUACCACAGGCUAAGGCCGCAGGAUAAGUUUUUGGUGCUGGCGACCGACGGCCUGUGGGAGACCAUGCAUAGGCAGGAUGUGGUGAAACUAGUGGGCGAGUACCUCACUGGGGUUCAUCAUCAAAGCCCCAUCUCCGUUGGGGGUUACAAGGUAACUUUGGGACAGAUGCAUGGUCUCUUAGCGGAAAGGAGAGCCAAGAUCUCUUCUGCAUUUGAAGAUCAAAACGCAGCCACUCAUCUCAUCCGUCAUGCUGUUGGCAAUAAUGAAUUCGGGGCUGUUGAUCACGAACGUCUCUCCAAAAUGCUUAGUCUUCCUGAGGAGCUUGCUCGCAUGUAUAGGGAUGACAUCACAAUUAUCGUCGUCCAUUUUAAUUCUCAUGUGGUAGGAGCAUAUCAAAACCAGGGACAGUGAAUGACUGAUAAUUAAGGCAGUUAGAGAAUGAAAAUAGCAAGUUUAAAGGGCAAAGAGAUUUUUAAAAAAAACUAACUUGAGAAAUCCUUCUAUUGGGUCAGCCCAUCAAAUCAAGCAUUUACUCAUUUGAAAUCCUAACAAAUACAAGUAUAUUUCUGGAACUUGGGAGAAUGUCAGGAAAAGGACUAGUAAGCAGACAUCUCUGAAAGUCUGAAAAGAAUGCUGCCGUAGUUUUGAUCAGACAAGAUCUCUGAUUGAUAAGGAAAAGAUGCUUGGAGACCUAUCAGGUUGUCCUUAUAAUUUUCCUCUAGAGAAAGGCUUAAUUUUACCAGUCUUUGCAGAUAGCCUUGACUUCAGGGUAGGACCUUGACUAGAUGGAGAGAGAGGAAUUUGCAGGGUCUUUGCUUACUGUAGAAGUGGAGCAAAAUAAUGUUGUUUAUUUGCAGAAAAAUACCUGCUUCACCACUGAGUAAAACUUGCUCACUACCAUUUUUAAUUGCAUACUUCCCCUGUGUGCAUUUGUUUAAGCACAUUGUUCAGAGUUAGCAAAACUCAAGCAAUUCAAAUUUAUUCAACCAUUGUGGCUUAUGAUGUUGAAAUGAAAUGCUACUUUGGGGGAAAAUGUAACCAAAUUUUAUUCCCUUUCUGUCCCACCGCCUGAUAUUAGCUUCCUGAUGGAACUUAAACAUGUCUUCUGAAGAAAACAAAAGUUUUGUUUUUUCUUUAUUUGUUACUGAUAAUAAACAAGGAGGAAAAAGCUUUGUUUCACUUGUAUAAUGUAAAAAGCUUCGCUGAGCUCCUUAACAUGAGAGAUGUAAAAUUUUUUUUAGGACUGAGACAGUCAUAACUUGACCCAUCCUCGAGAGCUUUACUACUCCUCUAUAGUUUAUCUUACAUCACUAUUCCUUAUGAAAUGAUCACCACAGAAGGCAUGCUGUCAGAGAGAGGAUUGGCUAUUGUUACCAUAAGAUCAACUUUUUUUUAUUUUGAUGAUUCUCCAAAAAUUAUUUACCAGCUUUAUAUUUUAAAUAUGCCAUGCAUAUGGGAAGUUGUAAACGGUGGGGUGGGGAUGGGGACAUUUUAAUAUCACCAGAUAGAAAGGAAAGGGAAGAAGGUGUCUUGCCUUCCUCCGCUUCCUUCUCCGUCCCCUGAAAACACAGGUCAAAAAAUAAACUUCCUUGGUUUAAAUGUUACUAAGUGCUUUAAAUAUACUGCGGCUUGUAAAUAGGAAUGCAAAGAAAGAUUAAAAUGAAACACCUUAGAAAGGUAAUUAAUUACUAUGCAUGCCUGAUUUGUAACAUUGAUCAUAGCAUCAUAACCUGCUGCCAUUUUCUACAGUGAUGUCCCCAUGUGAUUUAAUUUCUGCUGACCAUAGAAAGACAUGAAUAUGAUCACAAAAGAAGGAAAUAUGCUUGUGGUGACACUUUGGAGCUUAUUUAGUAUUGUGUCAUUGGAUAUUUCACUACUAGAUUUAAUGGUGAGCUGUGGAUUUAUUUUCUCCACUCCAUCUAAUAUCAGUGAAAAAACUAGCUAUGACUACAUUUGAUUUGCAGGUAGAUUUUGGAUAUAAAUAGUUCCCAGUUAUCUAACAUGAAAUUAGUUGGGGUAUUUUUUGAUAGAAUAAAAACUGGGCUAUAAUGUGCAAAGAUUCUUUCUGGACUUUGACCAGUAGGGCAACUUGGGGACUGCUAAAUUAGGUUUUGUUAAAAACUCACCCAGAAGGCUAGUAGCCCAGAAUAACUUGCUAUUUAAUUUCUGGUAUGCCUCACAUAUUUAUUACUCAGAGGAGUGGCAUAAAAAGAGAACCACUUAUGCAUUACAUACUGUAGUAAUGGAGUCACAUCAACUUCUCUGAAUAAAACCACUGAACAUAUAGCAAGAUCUCUGACAUUUGUAUAUAGCUCAGUGCUAUGUAAAUUUGGCUUCCCAUUGUCCUAAUCAAGAUGAUGGCACUAUCCAUAAUUUUAUUAAAAGAGUCACACAAUGGUCUUCAAUUUGAAAGCUCAGUUCAUUUUCCCACAGAAGAUGAAAACCACAGUUUGGAUUCUGACAACUUUAGGAAUGUGAUAAUUUGGUUGUAAUUGGAGUGUAACACCAUCCAAAGCAACUGUGAUCUUAUUGUAAUUUGUUCCCCUCUGUGUUAUUCUUUAUCCAGAACUAAAAUUCUUGCAUAGGUGAAAAGACUUGUGUCUUUCCUGUUGCCUUGUCUCAUGUGUAAAGUACAGAAUGUAUGUAAGCUGUUAAAGUAUUUAGGCUUUCUUAAAUUUUUCUACUGUUUAAACUUUCUAGCAGCAUAUGCACUUAACUACUGUAUUUAUAUUUAAUCAGUGGUUCAUUAUAGUAUUUAUAUUUAAAAAAAAAAAGAAGUCCUUAAUGAGUUAAAAAGGGAUCCUGGUACUAGAACAGUGCUCACUAGGAAAACAACUCUGUUUCAUAUAAAGUAUAUAACUGUACAGGGAUAUAUUAAAGUGUUUAUGAUUUGGAGAAAUAUUGUUAGAAAUGUCUGGAGUGAAUUAAAAGUAUCAUAACUGCUUUCCAAA